CAUUGUUCAUAUAUCUUGGCAGCACCAGCCCUCAGCUCAGUUAAUGACAAACGCAAGGAGCUCUUAUCUGCACAUCUUGUAACUUAAACCAAGGUCACAGAGCAAUAGUUACACAGAGGAUUGCAUUAAAUCUGGAGAGACACUUCUUGUGUUUUCCAAUUACACAGAUUCCUCAUUGGCUAGACAUGGGUUAUGGGUCCCCACUCCCCAUUUCCCUACARACAUGCGCAUUGCAAAAUAUUUUUUAUGUGAUGAUUUAAGAUAUGGUGUGAUUGUGACUUGACUUGCCAUUUUAUUAAUUAAAUAAAUGUCAUUAUAUAUUUAACCCAAUUUCGUUGCCAAUUUUCCAUUUGUCUUUAGCUGUCAACAACAUCAUACAGUAUCUUCCCUUUAAUUUUCUGGUCAAUGAUUUAGAAUGUCUGACAGUACAUUAUUAGUCAUUGGAGAUAGUAAAUCAGGGUGUGUGUAUAAAGCAACAACAAUCAUAUAUGGAACUACAAAACAAACCAUGAGGUCAGAGAAGGAAAAAAAUGUGACAAGGAGCACUUGUUGCCAUACCUACCCCUGGUUUGGUGGGGUAAAUAGGUGGAGUUUAAUAAAAGCUGACCUACAGGUAGCCAAGAACUCAUUGAAGGAGUUUUCUUCCUUCUCUCUCCUUUUUGUUCUCACAAACUGUCCUAAAUAUAAUUAUGCCAAAGUUCAAUGUGCAUAAGCAAGGGCAAUAGAGGAGUGGGGACAUUGUGGAACUCUCCAGGAAGGGUAUUACAGCAGGUUCAUGUUGCAGAUUAUAACUACUGAGAACAAGUGAAGCCACACACCUGAGAAGGCAACAACACUAAAUGGUGACAAACUGCCAACCAAAGAGAACACACUUAAGACCAAGAUGACCACCAAGAAGGCAGAUUUCCAGCGGAGGAUUGUCUCCAAGGAUGGACACAACCAAGUGCGCAUUGACAAUGUGGAGGGCAUGGUAAAGCUCUAUCUCCACGACAUCUGGACCACGGUGGUGGACAUGAAGUGGCGCUACAAGCUCACACUGUUCUCCUCCACCUUCGUCAUGACCUGGUUCUUCUUCGGCGUAAUAUUCUACUUCAUCGGCAUGGGCAACGGUGACUUCAAGGGUGAGCUGCUGUCCAACCACACGCCGUGCAUCAUGAAUGUUGAGACCCUUACCGGCGCCUUCCUCUUCUCCCUGGAGUCGCAGACCACCAUUGGCUACGGUUUCCGCUAUAUUACCGAUGAGUGUCCGCUGGCCAUCUUCGUCCUGGUGGUCCAGCUGGUCACCACGGGCCUGGCUGAGAUCUUCGUGACCGGGGCCUUCCUGGCCAAGCUGGCACGACCCAAGAAGCGGGCCGAGACUAUCAAGUUCAGCCAGUCGGCGGUGAUCUGCCGGCAUGAUGGCAAGCUAUGUCUGAUGGUGCGUGUGGCCAACAUGAGGAAAAGCCUGCUGAUCCAGUGCCAGCUGAUCGGCAAGCUGCUUUCACCCAACGUGACCGAGGAGGGCGAGAAGACUCUGAUCCACCAGACAGCUGUGGACUUCUACAUGGACUCAUGCGGGGAGUGCCCCUUCCUAAUCCUGCCCCUCACAUUCUAUCACGUGUUGGAUGAAGGCAGCCCGCUGGCGGGGCUGACCGCUGAGAGGUUGCGGACGCGCGACUUUGAGCUGCUGGUCACCCUCAACGCCACCAUGGAGUCCACGGCAGCCACGUGUCAGAGCCGCACAUCGUUCGUUCCCCAGGAGAUCCUGUGGGGCUACGAGUUCAAGCCCGUGCUCUUCAGCACCCCCAGUGGCCGGUACGUGGCCGACUUUAACUUCUUUGACAAGGUGCAGUUAAGCAGCGACCCGACACUCCUCAGCAACAACACAGAGAAGCUGAAACUGGAGGAGGUGUACAAGAAGGAAUAAGGGAGGACACUCAAACAUGUUGGACACACUGGUAAUAAGCAUGAUCCACUUUAAUGGUUGUUUUACCAUAGUUACUGUCUAGAAACAAUUUGGAAAUACACCCAGCUAGCAAAUUUGGUUCCUUGGAAGUUGUGGGAACGUAUGUUUUUGGUUUCACAUUGGUUAUGGGAAUGAAGCCAUAUGUUUCCAUAAGUUGAACAUUUUUCCUGUUCUGGGAACAUUUAUUUUUAGGUUGCAGGAAGGUCCUGAGAACGUUUUACUCUGGUUCCUUUAAAGUUUUUC